AUGCUAAAAUCUGUCCUAAUUUUCCUUCUGGGUACAGUAUCCCUGGUACACUGUACCCCUUCGGUAUGGUCAUGCCCGUUUAUCAAUCCAAUGGGACAAAUGGGAAUGGGACCCGUUGGUGAGGACUGCCCGACAGACUCAUUCAUUCAUUACUACUCGUGCUGUGAUGAUAAUCCAUUCCAGUGCUGUUUUCACUUCGAAACCUGGGCAAUCGUAAUCUUCGGAAUCGUCGGUAUUACUGUAAUUGUUGGAAGUCUGUUUGUGGCUGGAAAGUUACUCAUGACUCCGAAUUAUUCGAAAAAUCCGCCAAAUGGAAGAGUUUGA